GCCGUUCUCGUCAAAACUAUGUUUAAACCAUUUUUCGAAAAAUUUACACACUGAGAAUUUAAAAAAAACACACUGAGAUUAAAAAACUUAAAAACACACACUGAGAAUUAAAAAUUACACACUGAGAUUUCAUAAAGACGCACUGAGAUUACAAAAAAUGAAAAACACACACUGAGAAUUGAAAAUUACACACUGAGAUGAAAUAAACUGAAAAAACACACAGUGAGAAUUGAAAAUUACACACUGAGAUUUCAAAAAUACACACUGAGAUUUGUAUGCAUAUUACUUAUGAAUAUUCAUGAGAUGAAUAAUUCAACAGAUUAAUAUCUUGGUCAACCAAACUCUUGUCACAUAAAAAUAUCAUUCGGAACACCUCACGUUACUUUCGUAUCUCCUCGUCGGUGUCAUUUCCUGUCAAAAAAUUUCCAGGAGGUGAAAAAUAUAUACAGAUGCAUUAGAACUCUCGAGUUUCCUUAUUAUGUCGAUCAACGAUACAGAAGAUUUAGGGGAAUUCUUCACAUCUUUAUUGAAUGUUUUUGAAAAUACUAAUCGUAACUUAAACAGACCUUGGACAGCUCACGACAUAACCUUAAUCGAAAACAUCAGUCGUCGACUAGAAAGUUGUUUAGAGAUAUUAAAUGUUAUGCUUUCUGUGCUUGAUCCGGGGUCAGAUUUAAAUCUAACUAUUGAAACCCUAUACUCAACUGGACAUGAUCUUUUUGGACAAGCAACACAAAUGCUACAUACUUUGAAUAUUGAAGAGGGGGUUAAUCAUGUUAAUGAUGAGGGCGAAGACGCUUUGCUGUUCGAAGAAACAUCCACAGGACGACCAAAGUACAAUUUAAAUCAAUCAAUUAUGUAUUUAUAUGAAAGUGGGAUGUCAUGGAGCAGAAUGGCAAGUUGUCUCCAAGUCUCAUUGUCUACUAUCAGAAGAAGGAGAGAUGAGCUUGGUUUAGACCCCUCUAAUAUGCAUAGAUUUUCAAGAAUCAGCAACAAUGACUUGGACCAAGAAAUUAUCACAGCACUCCAAUUCACACCUAAUGCCGGAGAAUCCUUUAUACAAGGCAGUUUUUAGGGGAAGAGGAAUUAGAAUACAACGAUGGCGAUUAAGAGAAAGACUUAAUGUAAUUGACCCUGUUGGUAGAGCACUAAGAAAAAGAAGAGCAAUUCAAAGACGUGUAUACAAUGUAGAAGGAAUAAAUCAUCUCUGGCAUGUUGAUACAAACCAUAAGCUAAUAGCUUGGCGAUUUGUGUUUCAUGGAUGUAUUGAUGGGAAAAGUCGUCUCAUUACAUAUCUGAAUAUAGCAGAUAACAACAAAAAAGACACAGCAUUGACAUUUUUCAGAAUUGGUGUUAGUAAAUAUGGCUUGCCAUCAAGAGUACGUGGAGACUGCGGAGUUGAAAACACAGAUAUUGCCAGAUUUAUGAACAAUGAAAAUGGAGAUGGUAGGGGUAGUUUUAUUACUGGUAGAAGUGUACAUAAUCAGAGGAUAGAACGUUUGUGGUCCGACAUUAACAGAACUGUAACAAUGUAUUAUCAACACCUUUUCAGUCAUAUGGAAAAUAUUGAAGUAUUGAACAGCAAUAUCGAGUUGCAUUUGUAUGCUUUACAUUUUGUAUAUAGACCUAGAAUUGAGAAAUCUUGUGCUGAAUUUGUUGUUCAGUGGAAUAACCAUUCACUACGAACUGAAAACAAUAUGUCACCAAUGCAGAUUUGGUAUUCAUUAGGUGGUUAUUCUAUGGGUGAUAGAAUGACAGAGGUUGUAGUAGAUAUACAACAAUAUGGAAUUGAUUGGGAAGCCCCUCAUGCAGCAUUAAAUCUCAACAACAAUAUAACAGUGCCAGAAAAUUUGUUUACUUUAUCGGAUGAAGCCAGAAUUUACCUUAAUAAUCAAGUGCAACCUUUAACAGAUGAUGGCAAUCAUGGCAUUAAUCAUUUUGUGAAUGUUGUUAGAUAUUUAGAGACCUUUUAAAUUACAAGAUGUAUUUUGAACAGCAUCCAGAUUAUUAUUUGAUGAUAGUAAACAAGUAGAUUUCUUUUUG